GUUUAUGACGAGAAACGCAGUCUCAUUGAGAAUUCGUCGAGUCCCCCGCCCAGUCCGGUUCCCGAAAUUCGCAUCACGUUCCCGGAGGAGGAGGACGAAUCCGGCAAGCGCAAAUCGGGUCGUGUUGUGGUUGUGAGAAUCACCGACGCAGGUGGAGUGGGCUUGGAGCCUUGCAACGAGGAACUUCCGCCGUAUCAGUCCAGCGAUGCGGAGCGAUUCCAGUCGUUGGAUAUCGAGCGCAUGGGUGGGCUCAAAGAAAAGGAAGCCACCAAUAGAUGGUCUUAGAAGGAUCGAACUGCUGAACGACAAACCGUCAUCUGCUCAUUCUUCCCAUCGACUGAUACCCCCUCGAAUUACCGACGUCGCCUGUUUGUCGCACCUGGACGAGAUUCGAAAAGCAUGACGAUAUCCCGGCGAAGAUUUGCCUCGUUUCCAUCUCCGUAUUUAGACCGCUCUGCUUCAUAUUACCUUCGCGACUUGCACAUACGCAAAUACUCCGUCCUGUUUAGCCACCACGCUCGCCGUUUGACCCUGGGUUUCAGUCUCGACCAAACUUCAAGCGCGUCAAGUUAUAAACUGACCGAUCUGUGCUUACUGGCCCGACCUCUGUACAGCAAGGCUUGCUGGUUUUCCUUGAUAUUUUGUGCUUUAUUCUCCUUGAUAAGGCGUUCAUUUCUUGUGCUUGGCCACUUUGGUUCUCUUCACCCUGCCACGUCACUAGGGUUGAAGAGACGUUACGCAUUGGUUUGGUUGAAGUUUUCAUUCUCCUUUGCAUUCUUACUUGCUUCUUAUCUUACCCUUCUCUUCUCCCACGCUCGCCCUCUACAAGUCUCGGGUUUGCGUUCAGGGGUGUCUUACAGCUGGAUAAUGUAUGUACCUAGUCUGACUCUGCAUUGGAUGGCCGCCUCACGAGGUGUGAGCCCCAAUGAAUGCGUUUAUUUGAUAAAUACAUGAACUCUUGAUCAGCGACUUGACGAAUUUCAACUAUAUUGGACUGGUGUCUACCCGUCCACAUGACAUAAGCUCUGACCUAGGAGUGACAUUU